AUGCCUUCGAUUCUGGCCAUCCUCAUGCUCCUAGGUUCGGCCUUGGCCGCUCCGACAAUGCAACAGGCACACGACUGCGAUAUCCAGGUCGCAGUGAACAAGACGAUGCUCGAGGCCCGCGCCCCGAUGUGCGAUAUGCCAACAUGUCAGAGUCUGUACCAGGCCUGCUUCGUGCCGGGUGAUUGUUCGUCCUUGACUGGGCCGGAAUGUUUCAAUGCUCAAACAGCAGAUGCGUGUUAUGGAUGUUCGGUUUCUGCUCCGGGAUGUCCUGAAUAG